CUCCAAUCAGAUUUACUCUUAUUUGACAUUGUUUUCAUUUUCGUAACGAAAAAAAGCAGAAUUGUAAAUACGACGCUAGAGUGCAAUUGUGUAUUGGGGGUCAUUGUGGACGACGGACGGCGCAUCAUAUAUAAAGGAAUACCAAAGUUAGCAUGAAGUGAAUGCCACAAUGAAUAGCAGAAACAAGAGAGCAAGGUUGGAGUUUUCGGUAGCACCGACAAAUAUCGAUGCAGGCAUCGGUAACGGAUGUGCAAUGAACACCAACCAAUUAGCUUCCAACAUCAUUGGCACGCAAAACAUCUUCUUAAGUAAUACCACCAACUCGGCCACGAACAAUACAGUGAGCAUGCUACCCGCAAAUGUUUUUCUUACCAUCUGUGAUGAGAACUCUGACGAGUCGGAGGACUAUUUGGCCAUCGGUAGUACACUGACACAAAUUAAGCAAGAGCACGAAGAUGCAUUGUGCCUUGGGAAUGUAAACAGCAGUAGCAGUACGCAGGCCACGCAGACAUUGCCCGUGCAAUAUCGCAUUGUCAACCAGAUGCAACGUCAACUGCACAGUGUAGAUAAUACGCUCGCCAGUGAUAGCGUAGUUAGUACUAAUGAAAGCAAUGGUUUAAGCGCUACGCUGCCAAUGCAUCUACCUAACAGCUGCGAAAUUUAUAUAGUCAAGGAAUACGUAGAUAAUAUGCCCACCAUACUACCCGAAGACAGUGAGCUGUUGCAAGGUCCGCCUAGCCCAAUGACCAACACUACCACCGCACCAGAUGCAAUCAAGUUAGAGCCGGACUCUUCUUUAACGUCAACAGCGGGCGCUGUUGCAACUACUUCCGCAUCAACAUCAAUUAAUGGCGUGCAGAUACUACGCAACACUCCGCUGCCUUGCAUGAUCACAAAUAAGCUAUCGAGUUCAACAGCUAAUGAGCGAAUAAAUUCCAUUUCGAAUAAAAAUAACGCAGCAGUAACAGCCAUAAACAGUGGUGAUAUACAGGGCAAUAGUACAAAACGCAGUUGCAUAUUGGAGGCUUACAAAAAGCGCGAUGACAAGCGUCGCGCAACUCAUAAUGAGGUUGAACGACGACGACGCGAUAAAAUAAACAAUUGGAUAUUUAAACUCAAAGAAAUGCUGCCCUCGGAAGGUGCUAGUAACAACAACAACAGCAACAAUCAACUAAAUAGCUUGGUGGAGCAAAUGUCCCAAAAAAGCAACACCACCAACAGUAGUGGGAAUAGUAAUGCCAGCAAUAACAGCAACAACGGCAACAGCAAUCGCACGCCACCCAGCGAUUCCAAGUCUCAAAUACUAAUUAAGGCUUGCGAGUAUAUCAAAACAAUGCAGGACGAGAUCAAGAGCCUACGCGAGUGCCUUAGCGAAAAUGAAAAUUUGCGAUUGAGUAAUCAGCGUUUACAAAAUGAAUUAAAUAAAAUGCAAAGCGAGCGAGCGGCGGCAGCUGCAAGUGCUACUUUGCACACGCGCAGCUUCAAUAGCAAUUUCAAUAUAACUUUGAACAGCUUGAACAGCAAUAACAGUAAUGGCAGUGCGGGUUUGGGAGGCGGUGGUACCAGCGGCGGCGUUGACAGCGCCAGCAAUAGCCCUGGUGGUGGGGGAAGCAUAUUCAGUAGCCUCAAUAUUACGCCGAAUGUAAGCAGCACGAAUACGUAUACGAAACGGGAAUUAAUUAUACGAGAUUAUGUUGACUAGAAUGAAGUAGGAAUUAGAUUAAAAAUAUGCCAUUUUUAAUUCGGUUAUCAACCAAGAAUAGGUGCUGAAAAGGUGAAAGUCAUCUAUAUAAGUAUGUAGUUUUUUUUUUGUUAGUUUACUGUUGCAUCACUCACUUACUUAUAACCUAAUGAGUGCAAGAAAUUUACUAGUUUACUCUUCUUGUUACGAUUGUAUAAUGAUUAACGUAAACCUCGAAGAAAAUUUUAGCAAGGACACUAUAUGCUACAUUAACUAAUGCAUACAUACAUACUAUCAACCUGUAGUUUAGUAAAGAAAAAAAAAGUUAAACAAAUUAAAUUACAAUGUGCUUCUCAAAAUUAUAUGCGCUUCCUUAAAUUAGUGCAAACUCUGCGCAAACUCGCGCGCUCACUUUAACUCUUGACUUUUAAUACACCUUCUCUUACUCACACUUACUUGUAUGUAGACAAAAAUUAAAAAAAAAGCAAAACUUAAGCCUCUUUAAAUCUCAAAUAAAAGCUAUUUCAAAAAAAAAAAAAUAUGCAUAAAUGUACAUGUGUAUGUAAGCAUUGAAUAUGCACAGCUGCAGUUUAACUUUUUUGUUUAAUUAAGUUAUUCAUAUUUAAUACUUUCAUUAAUGUACUUAAAACCUUCUGUGCAAUUUUUAUUAAUUUUAACUGUUUAUUUUAAAGCCUUCCAUUUCUUGUUUGUAUUUUAAACUGUGGACAUGUUUUAUUUUAUUUUAUUUUGUAUAUUCAAUAAAAAAAAGAAACUUUUGUACACAAUUU